AUGUCUCUUUUCUUCAUUUGGUUCAGCGCCCUCGUCGGCAGCGUUUGUGCUCAGCUGUAUACACCCACCGGCAGCAACGGAAAUGGCGACAUCACCCAGCCAGGCGCGUGCCCUCGUUACUUACCACCCUUUCCUGGCUUCGAAUUCCCUCAUCUGAUGAUACCGAUCUCAUCCACCAACCCUAACACUGCCUAUCCCAACACAAAUACUCCCUACGUCACGGCUGCGGACAUUGAGAUGAUCUUCAACUUCGACAUUCCCACGUCUCGCAAGGGUCAGACUUGCACCAUGGAAUUCCUCCUGCCGAACAAGACUGAAUUGAGCACGUCUUCAUUUGAAUUCGCCGGUCCCAUUGGGUCCUACGUUUUCUCUCUGUCGGUUCUGGGGGGAGGCGCAGUCGAAGGCAACACCACCUACAACAACCAACCCCUUCAAGCCAAUCCGCAUGGACUUCCAAAAACAAUGCACAUGGAGCCGGGGCACGCAUAUGCCAUUGCCAGCACCAUUUGCGUGCCAGGCAAGAUUGGUAUCACAAUGAGCAGCCCUGACAGCAGUUUGACGUGGUUUCAGGACUGGAAUCAAUGCGCAAUUGGAUUGUACAUCACGUAUUCUCCAUGA